ACUCUCACCACAUUCCUCUAUCUCUUCCAUCCACACCCUUCAACAAAAAAAACAAACUUCAAAAACUCGCAGCAAUCUGUUUUUUAGUCUCUCUAGCACUAGCACUUGAUCCAUCUUCACUUCGAUCUCUAUAGAGAGGCAAUGGCAGCAAUGAAUUCAAGUGUCUUGUCAUGCAAUUACGCUCUCAUGGGCACACCUGCUUCCGAUGCAAGUUGGAAGCUGGCGUCGUUGCCACCUGCUUCAGCAUCUUAUCCGAAACUCCCAGUGAUCAGAGCCCAAAAGACUAGAACCUCUGGCUUGAAGGAAGGUGAAAGAAGUGAGGGAAGAAGAGCUGCACUUCUUGGCCUGGCUGCAGCCCUUCUCACUACCGCCGCCACAGCUUCAUCUGCCAAUGCCGGCGUCAUCGAAGAGUACCUUGAGAAGAGCAAGUCUAACAAGGAGCUGAAUGACAAGAAGAGGUUAGCCACAAGCGGAGCGAACUUUGCGCGGGCGUACACAGUAGAGUUUGGCACAUGCAAAUUCCCUGAGAACUUCACUGGGUGUCAAGAUCUUGCAAAGCAAAAGAAAGUGCCAUUUAUAUCUGAUGACUUGGAGUUGGAGUGCAAAGGGAAGGACAAAUACAAGUGUGGUUCCAAUGUGUUCUGGAAAUGGUGAACUAGUAAGCCCAAUCUGUAUUUAGUUCCUCUCAAUUAAAUGCUCCUUUUUAGCCCUU